GAGUGUGCUUUAAAAAAAGAAAAACAUCAAGUGUCAAAAUAUCAAAAUAGGUACCCAAAAUUCUCCCAAAAUCAAUUUUAAAUAACCAUAAAUAUACCUUAAAUAUUAUUGGAUUCACAUAAAUGAUGAAUAUUUGACUAAAAAUCUACAUUAAAAUUAAUAUGUUCUUCAGAAAUGUUCAGUGUGCAGCAGAAAUAAUACAUUUCUGCAAACCAGUAUUUUAUAAUCAAAACUCACAAAAGAAUAGAUAUGUCCGGCUACAAGUACGCAAUGCCUUUCACAAUACGCGACGUGGCGGGCGGCGAACGGUCACAGAGCCAAAUCCUAUUGACAACAUACUUAUAGAAGAACCCCUGAAAUUAAGUGCAAGUGGGCUGUUAAAGCCCUUCUUCUUCACUAUAGGGGUAACAUCUGUAAGUCUGGCUGGUUGUGUCAUUUGGGAAUAUGAGAAUCUCCGCUCACAUGCAAGUUCAUUUCUCAAAAAACCAGGACAAUGGUUAAAUGCCCAUCAAAAGCGUGUAUCAGCAUAUAAUAGAUCAGAACCUGGACCUAUUAGGAAAUGGUGGAGUUCACUGAGGGAGAGUGAAAAAGUUUUCUUUCCAAUUUUAGCAGCCAAUGUUCUAGUCUUCUGUGCUUGGAGGGUAAAGCCUUUGCAGCCGUUCAUGAUCAAAUACUUCUGUUCAAACCCUUCUGGCAGAGCAAAAUGUCUGCCAAUGGUUCUGUCCACAUUCAGCCACUACUCAACACUACAUUUAGCUGCCAAUAUGUAUGUCCUAUAUAGUUUCAUGCCAGCUGCACUGGCAUCACUGGGCAAGGAACAGUUUGUAGCAAUGUAUUUGAGUGCUGGAGUCAUCAGUAGUUUUGCCAGCUUCCUCUACAAAGUUAUGAUAAGUCAGCCUGGUCUCAGUCUUGGUGCAUCUGGUGCGAUAAUGGCAGUUUUGUCUUACGUCUGUGUACAAUAUCCUGACACAAGAUUAAGCAUAAUAUUCCUGCCAAUGUAUACAUUUGCUGCUGGAACAGCAAUAAAGGCUAUUAUGUCUGUGGACUUGGCGGGCGUAGUUAUGGGAUGGAAGUUCUUUGAUCAUGCCGCUCAUCUUGGUGGUGCUUUAUUUGGCAUGGCGUGGUGUUACUGGGGCAACUUGCACAUUUGGGGCAACAGAGACAAAUUCCUACAGUAUUAUCAUAGCAUCAGAAAAGAUGCAUGAUAUUAUACAAAUGUAAGGGCAAUGGUAAUAUAAUAACAAGUUAUAUUUAUUUUAGAGAAUCUAAUUUUGAUAACUAAUUUGUUAGUCAAUUUUAUCGAAAUAAAAGAUUAUAUCCAAACAAUAA